AUGGAUGCAAGCUCGCUUCUUCACGUGCUGCUGUUUGUGGCCGCGCCGACGGACGCACUGGCCUUGCUCACGGCGCUGCCGUUGGUCUCACUACCACCGCCGUUCGCUGCGCUCUUGCACCUCUUCCAGCGGUCCAAGCACUUUGAGUGGCCCGUCCCGCGCGUCGAGUGCGCUGGCAACAUGCACAUGGGCCUUCUGCUGGCCGCGAUGCCCAUCCUUCCCGCCGUCCAGAUCGAGCAGCCCGAUUACUUCGAUGCGUGCCUCCAAGCAGCGCGCGUGCCCGGACACCCGCAGAGCUUGACCGCCUUUCUGACGACAUGGCCUGCGCACGUCGUCUCUCUCGCCGUCCCCGCCGCACUCUCAGCCUGCGACAGUGACGAGCUCUGUCGUCUCGUGCACGAAUGCACUCGGCUGACGCAUAUGCAAGUGGACGUCGCCAGUACCUGCACGAGGGAUCUGCUUUGCAGCAGCAACGGCGUUGCCCAUCUUACCAUAGCCGACAGCGGGGACGACAGUCUUGCACCUACAGCAAUGCUCGACCUUGGAGAUGCUCUCCGACCGUGGCUGCAGUCAACCCGCGCACGAACGCUGGCGUUAAACAACUUGACACUUGACGGCGUGGACGCUGGUGCGUCGCUCGCCACCGUUCUCGCCGCAACGUCAUCGCUGACGCGCCUCGCGAUCAACCAAUCUGAUACCGUCGCACAAGCGCUUUUGGCCUCUGGACUGCAAUUUGAGAGUCUCUCGCAACUCAAAGUGUCGUUUGCAACUGUGCCGGGCCACUACCGACUCGUAGCGCAGCUUGACGCCACCAAGUUGACGCACCUCGAUGUACGUGGCGACCAGCAAGAGGAUCUCUCGCCGCUACUUGCCAUGGUGCCUCGGCUACCAGCGCUGACCCACUUGACGCUGGGCUACUGCAAGCUCCACGAGGCGGUCGCGCACGACCUGGCUGGCGCUCCGUUGCUCUCCAGCGCGCGGUUCUUUUCGAUUGUGUGGCGCACCGACGCAGUGCUUGAGAGCCUCCUCGCGCACCUCGGCCGGUCGCCGCGUCUCCAGAACGUCACGUGGCGCCGCUGUCCGCAGAUCGCACGUGUGACUACGCCGUGGAUGCUGCAGACGCUUGGUCAGGCGCAGUUUAUUGACUGCAGUUUGAAGGAUACUUUUGUUCUUGCGAUCGCGGACGAGCUUCGCGCGCGAACGACGACCGUCCCGCUGCAGAUCCGCAUUGAUCAACCAACAGAUAUGCUGGGGUUGGAGAGCGUCGCCGCCGUCAUCCAAGUGCUUUCGACUGUUCGGAAUGUGAGCGUGCAGCUCGUGGUCAGCGCGCAUUUUGUGGGCAAUCAAGGGUUCGAAUCGUGGUUCUGGGAUGCCGUGCGUCUGCGAGCGACGUUGGCGCGCGUUCUAGUGACCGUGAAGACGGUUCAUGCCCGCCACCACUGCUACCUUUUAUCAUAA